AAAGAUUGUGCAGUUACUACUUAUCGCAUUACAAAGCAGGUCUUCAUAGUAAUGAUAUGGUUUACAAUGGCAUCCUGUUUGGAGCUACCUGGUCCAACUUUGAAAGAUUUGAUGAAGAAAGUCGAUAGUAGCUAUGAAGAAAUUUCACGUGCCUUGAUAGCACGUAGUGUUGGUUUUUUCAUCAGCUCAUUUGUGGGAGGAUUUCUGUGUGAUCGAUUUCCAAAGCAUGUUGACAUAUUUAUAAGUGUGGCAAUGUUCGUAAAUGCCGUCACUACUGUUUCCAUUCCUUGGUGCCACGAACUUAUUCCUCUUGCCAUUUUGAUGCAUUUUCAAGGGCUGUCAGAAGGAGUUUUGAAUACAGGCGGAAUGACAACUUGCCUCAAUUUAUGGGGAGAAAAAGUAUCGGCACCAAUGCACUCUACACAUUUUGGAUGGGGAAUAGGCGGUCUGUUUUCCACACAAAUAGCUCGACCAUUUUUGUCGCCUGACGUUUUCCUUCCAGAAGAUGUAAAAAGCAAUGAAACCGUUGUAUUUCAGGCCACUACUUCAUCUUUAUCUGCAAAUAUUACUUUGGAUGCAACAAACUUGUCCCGAAUUGAGUAUGCAUAUGCUAUAUCCGCAACUCUCGCAUUAUUAAUGUCUAUUGUCUUUUUGUUGUUUUAUAUUCUUCCACCUCCGCGUGGAUUUCAAUUGGCCACUAUCCCAAAAAAGAAUGACAUUAAAGCUAUUUUUCAUCCGGCAUCUUGUGCUCAAGAUAAUACAAUGUUUGGAUUGAUCAUGUUUCCACUAUUACUUUGGUUCUAUAUGCACAUUACGGGGGGUGAACGUGCUGUUGCCAAAUUUUUGUUUUCUUUUGCCAAAGACAGCGAGUUGCUUUUUAAUAACGACCAAGCCACAUUGGCAUUAUCUUUGCACUGGAUUUUCUACACCAUAGGUCGAGGGCUAGCCAUCGUUGUUGCCAAAUUCGUACCCCCAAGAUAUAUGUUAAUAGGAGAAAUAUCAAUGAACAUUAUCAGCGGUUCAGUUCUGUCUGCCCUCGGUUACAAAAACGAAAUAGUAUUUUGGAUUUUCAAUGCAUUGUUGGGACUUUUCUUGGCGCCAGUUUUCCCGUCAGGUGUUUCAUGGGCGAACCGCUACCUGGACAUGUCUGGCAUUGCUGUUGCGAUUGUGCUACUAGGGGCCUCUGGUGGAGGAUUUGUAUACCAGUGGAUCACAGGCGCCCUUUUCGAUGCCAUCGGCCCCAAUGCGUUGAUGUAUGUUAUGACUGGAGAUGGCCUUCUUUUGGCUCAAUCUUAUGUAACAUUGCAAAUAAUAGCAUCGAGACAGGGCGACCGCUUUACCAAAGAUUCUGACGCCAAAGAGAAACAUGUUGUAGGAGGCGUCAAAGAGACAUCAGUUUGAUGAAUUAUUUGAAUAAGCUUAUAUG